GGCGAAGGGGCGAGCAUGGCCGCCGGCUGAGAGGGCCGGGGAAAGUCCCGCCGAGAGGCAGCGCGGAGGCCGGCCGCAGCAGAUAUGAAGCCCUGUGCCCUGUGAUACUUGUUGUGUUGCUUCUUACCGUUGGAGGAUGGCUGCUUUACUCUGUGAGAAUUGCUCUAGUCGGUUCCACCAGCCCCAGCUCAACCAGCCCCUGGAGAUCAGCUGCAUGCUGCUUCUGGUCAUGUUUGGAAAAGUGUGUCUGGAUUUCUUCAUGCUGCAAAUUAAGCACAAGAAAGUGAAAGUUAGUUUUAUGGGAUAUUUUUGUGUCUCUCUGGCACUUCUUGAUUUCAUACUGCUGCUGAAUAUAGCUGUCAUCCUCUAUUUGGAGGACUUUGCACUCUGGGGUGUCAGAUUUACUAAGUACCACAUCUGCCUGUUUACUCAGAUCAUUUCUCUUACUUACGGUACUUUGCAUUACCCAGUGUAUCUCGUGGCAGGUCUGGAUUAUUACAUGACUAUAGCCCAAACCUCUCAAUUCCCCCGAAGAAGUCGAAGAUUAUUUUACAUUUUUGUUGUGGUUUUUAUAUGGAUCUCAGGUUUUUUUUGUAUUCUGAAAGUUCCUGCCAUCUAUGAAGAACUAGAAAUUCGGAACCAUUUCUCUCCUUAUCAGUGUCCCCUCUAUGUCAGUGUGCAGAGCUACUCGGUCUCAGUUGCCAUGCUGGUUCUCAUAGGCAUGGCUCUCAUGGUUUGCUGGAAGGAAAUGAUCACUAUGCUGCUGUCUAUGAGGGUAGCCUCCUUUGCCAGCCAGCCUGUCCUGAUGUUCUCCUAUGUGUCCAGCAACAACAGCACUUGUUUCAAGCGGCAGCUUCUGACCAGACUCCUCAUCUGUUUUCUUGGCACUUGGGCACCUUUUGUUCUUCUCCAGUUUAUCAUCUUGUUUCUUGGUGCUUGGAUUCCAGCCUACAUGGAGAUGAACGUCCCUUGGCUGUACUUCAUCAACAGCUUUCUUAUUGCAGUAGCAUACUGGUGUCGAUGUCAUGACAUUGAAUUGACAGAGGAGAUGUGGUCUACAGAUCCAUUUGUCAGCUGGAAAUUCUGCUUUAUGCCAUUUAACAGUGAAAACAUAGAGCCAGCUGAAAAGUCAGGCACAGUAAUUGUCAUCUGUUAACGAGCUGCUGACUGAGAAAACUGCUAGGGCUGUGUGUGCUUGGAUGUUCUGUGACCACGUCCUUACAGAUAAUACAAGGAAGCAUCUCCAGAUCUACAAUCCACAGGAAGAAAAAUCCAACAUUCAUGAGUACAGAAAGGAAUAGUGCACCAGAAUGUGGGACACUGCAUACUUCUGCACUGGGCUUUAUUUCCAUUUCAGAGUAUUUAAGAGAAGACCACUGUUUACAUAAAAUAAGUUCUUGGUUAAAGCUGGUGUUUAUUACUACAAUUUUACAGUUGUUUUAAAUUGAAUGAUCUCAGGUUUUAUAGUAUAAAAUUCAUCAGCCUUUAAUAGGCUGAAGCCUUUUAUUAUCAGUUACAUUGAGGUGACCUACUGUCAAGUUCAAACUGCUGUGGUUGUUUGUUUUUGUUUUAAGUGUAUUUUCUUGUUAAACAUUUUGUUAGUUUAUGGGGGGGGUUGCAUGGUUAAUGAGGAAUACAUUGUUUUAGUUAAAGCUAUACCUCCUACAGAAAUAUAAACUUUGUUUACGGAAACUGUUGCAAGAUGUAUACUGUCACAACUACAAGAAAGGCAGUGUUUCAUUAUUUCCUUGUUUGUGUUCCUCUAAGAUAUGUAUGUGCACAUUAAAAACUAAUUAAUUACAGUCACAGCAAUAAGAGCUUUAAUGCAAAAGAAAUACAAACAUGCUUAAUAUGAACAGUUGGACUAGACCCCCAAUGCUAAGCAGAUGUGUCUACUCUUACAAGGUUACGUGAGUACAUGCCAAAGGGUAAAGGAUGGGUUGGACUAGAAUAGAAUCUAUGUUGGAGCCAAAAUCACACUGACAUUAAAGUAGUUAAAUUUGCUAAAGUGUGCCCUACUGCAGUAAGGGAAAACCUGUUCAGACUUCCAAAGUAUUUCAUUAGUUUUCAAGUUCUUACAGCUUGAGAAAGCUCUUAAAUUUACAGGGGGAUAGAUAAAUAAGUGAUCCACAAACCAAGCAGACAAAUGGAAGUAGUAUUUAUUUCUGAAGCAUUGAACUCACAGUACAAUAUUGUAUUGAAGUAGAAACUAUAUAAGUAAAUUAUGUUGUAGGUUGGUUAAUCAUUCACUCAGACCCACAGGGAACAAUGGUAUCACAUAAGAAUACGAAAGAAAAAUCUGCAGAUAACCAAAGGUGCAAUUACAAGCAAAUUUAAGCAGCAUAGUAUAAGGUGCUUUGUUUCAGCAUUUGUAUAAUCAGUUUAAACAUUAACAGACAGAUUAAAGAAAUCUCACUUCUAUCGAUGAUAACAAAUGGGAGAAUCUAAAAUUCAUUCACGUGCUAACUGGUAAUAGGAAAGUGCUUUAAAAAUGAUUCACAAGGUGAAGAUCAUCUGUUUUACAUAGUUCACUGUGCUCUUCAACUGUAGAAUUUAAUUUUGGGGCUACCAGUUACAUUAUUAUGUAUUAAUUAUAGACAAGAUUUAAUUGCAGGAUUUAGUGAUACACCAGCAAUACAUGUGCUAGAAUUUAUUAUAAAAUAAUAUUCUAGUAUUUCGCUCCAUGAUAGGAAUUCACAAUCAAAUAUCAUCUAUUAAAGCUUAUAUUUCUGCAAUGUAUCGAAGUCCAAUUAUCAUUUUACUGCUUUACCCCACACAGCGCUUCUUGCACCAUUCACUAGGGGUCAGCUUCUUUGAGGUUUCAAUGACAUAACCAAAAGGACAGCAUUUUUAAAGCAGCAGAAAAUGGUUUCUGGAAAAUCCGAUAAAAAGGCCAUAAAAAAAACCCCCAAAACAGUAAAGGAUAAAAACCUAAGUUUUAAAACUAGUGUAAUAAGAGGCAGCAAUGUUUGCAGCAAACAAAGUUUGAGGAGUUUGGCAUUACAAAGUGUUUCAUCAUUUAUGCAGGAUGAUGUAUUUGGAGGAAAUCCUAUUUCCACGUUAGAAGGAGGGAAGCAUGUAAAAUAAAAGAGCCUUAAGGAAUCGCUCCCUGCCCCAGUUUCCAGUCACUUCCAGCUAGCAUUUGAUGUGCUAUAGGAUAAAGUAUGCCUAAACAUUUCUUUCAGGUUUUACAUAAACUGGACGCCCACUGAAAGGGACUUGACAAAAUACCAACAAAACCUAGCUCCAAAUGUAGUAAUGCACCAGGCAUUUCAGAAGGUCAUGAAGUAACUUAUUUGUACCGACUCAGCCAGCAAGGGAAAAUAUCUCAUUUUAAAUUCACUUAAAACCAGAUGAAGGCAAGAUUAUUUCAGUAACGUACAUUUCAGAUCCCUUUUGUGUGGUUAGCCUCACCCAUCUGAUUCACUAAUGCAGACAGAACUGGAAUGGCAAGAAGCUGGGUAAGGUUCAGACAUAGUUAUCAGAUUCUCAACUUGUAAUUAAAGUUUACAAAUCCUCAUCUAUUCUGAUGCUGCAGAAUGCCCUCAGUUGUUGCACUGCUUCUAAAGCCAUUUAAAGUUUUUAAGACUGUAUUUUUACAGGGAAACUACAACACACAGGCAAAUCAGUUAUUAAUGUACUGAUGUUACAUAAAUGAGUUACCAAAGAACUCUCUUUCAUACUCUUUGAGAGAAAAUGUCAAAGAGGAUCAAUCUGCAGGCUGCCAUUUAUAGCCACCACAUAGGUAACAGCAGCACUAUGGGUCUACACAGAGCCCAACUGUGGUGUCUAAGCCUACUGAUGAGUAACUGACUUAAAAGAGAUGAAUAGCAUCUCAUUUUAAGCCCGUUUUUAUCUUUGACAUUUUAUGGAGGGAAAUACCUGAUCCAGUUGUGAUCUCAUCCUAUUAUCCUCCUAACAGCCUCUUUUCCACUCUUGGUGCACUUCCUUUUAUCUGGUGCUUCUGGGAAGUCUGAACACUGGACCUUGAGUCAAGCAAUAUAACCAAACACCAUUACUCUGCAGAACAGGAUUACAGUUUCACUGCAAGCCUGAAAGAGGAGAAGCUAUGUUAGGAAGGUGAUAAGACCUGAAAUAAUAUGAAUGACAGACAACCACUAAACUCUAUACGUCACUACUUGCGUUGUGACAGCAACUAAUGAGUUUAUACCACACAAACGUUUUACACUCCUUCAAUUCUUAUAGGAUUAUAUAAUAUUACUGAUAACAGUGGGUAAAGUAUUAACACUUUAUGAGAAACUUCUGUACUUUGCUCAUACCAGAGUCCCUUAAAAAUCAACAUUGAUUUUAGUGAGCUAUUCUAUCUCUUUCAUGAAAUUAUUUGGCACUUAUCAAUAAAAACCAUCUUUACGCGUCUCUCUUGAUCAGCACUGGUUUGCUAAGACUACAAAACAUGGAGAGUACUUGAAAGGGAAGCUGGCUUUGCAGAAUGUUUCACUGGUUUCUCAACCAUACAGCUUGCAAAAAAAAAAACUACCGGAGGAUGUCAACAUUCCAGCUGCUAAAAUACUGACCAGGUAGUGGAGGACAGCACAAGUGCUCCCACACACGGACAGGACUUCACCCACAGAACAGCUGUGUCAUAAAUUAGUUGUAUUUGUUCUUCUAGUGCAGUUCCAUUAUCAGUAAGGACACCCUCCAUCAGAAUCCAUGAUCAAUAACUUCAAGCCUCUCAACAACCCUAUGUAAAAAGUGCUUUUUACACAAAACUAAAGUACUCCUUAAAUAUUACGUAUUGCAUUCAAAGCAGUAUUUGUGAUCACCACUCUACAAAUGUACAUUUGUGCUCAAAUUAUAGUAAGACAGAAAAAGCUCAGAGAACAUCUUUCUAGACCCUUACCUUAGAUCAACGGCUGCAAAAGUCACACUGUAAGCCUACUACAUAUCUCCUACCACAAGAAUAUUCACACCUUUAAUUUUUUUCUGUCCACUUAGCUGUAAGAGACCAGUUAGCAAUAGAUAUAACCUCCAAGUGGACAAGCAUCCGUGCAUCAGGCAUAACACAGAGAUAACACAAACCUACACAGCAGCUUAGGAUGGGGCCUUCAAUAUAUGUGAAAGUGCUGACCAUGAGACCCAGGAGACAAGCACAACACAAAAUCCUCCAGCCAACACAGCUGAGACCCAAAAGUGCAAAAAGCACAUUCAUAAAUCUAUGAACGGAGAAGAAAUGGUACAUGAAAGAGCUCCUCCAUGUUUAGCUUUGUCCUUCCCUGUUCCACCAGCAUUAACAGAAGCCGUGUAUUUAAAACAAAACACAUUAAUGUGAUCGUUUCUCUCCAUCUCUAGUAAACUAAGUUUGGGAAAAGCUGGGAAAAAAAUAAAAGCAUCCUAGAAGGAUUCUUUUGCAGAGUCAUUUUCUGCAUCCUAGAACAACUGACAAGAACCAGAAAUCUGGUUAGAUGACUCUAUACCUAAAUGUAUGCUAACUCUCUAUGCCAUACUGGUAAGAGAAAAUAACCCUGCAAGCUUGUAUAUACCUGAUUUUAACAUGAAUAGCCUCAAUCAAAUCAGCAGAACUAAUUGUAUUAUAAAUUAUGUGGAUGCUUAUUUAUUUGUAAAACUCAGACUCACAGCUCAGCUGUCACCACAUUUUUUGAUGGCCUAGAGCUAUACAGUUGUUAACGUGUAAGAAAUCUCUUAAGCUAUUAUUGAGCUGUAAGUUUCUGCACUGAGAUUGUGAUGAGAGCAGUCAUCUGUAACAGGCAGCAAGUGGAACAGUAUGUCAUGCAGCAGCAUGCUACAAAUCUCCAUACUACACAAACUUCUGCUCAAACUACAGUUAAGCAAUACCUGAAAAUUUCCUUACAGCUAAGAUCAAGAUAAAGCAGCAAUCCAAGGCUAUUAUAAAUCUGCUCAAAUACUUAUUGGUUCACAUUUCUUUCCUCUUGUUGCCACAUCUGCUGUGAUGAAGGACUCCUGUGCUAUCCAAAAGGCUGGAUUCUGAACUGUGGCUUAUUCAAGAAGUUACUGGAGGAAAAAACCACGUUUGCAGGGAAGAAAUGAGGAAAUGGAUGCUUGCAGGACAUCAGAUUGAGUAAUCAUACUGACUGAAGUGUAACAAAGGCUUUACCCACCAUCUUUUCUGAAAAAAUGACAAGAAUUAAUGAAUAUAAUGGAUUUACAAUGUAGUCUGUUUAAAAACUCUCAUUCUUGUGAUCCAAUCCAACCGAGUUUAAAUUACCAAGAUGAUUUUUUAAUUCUCUAUAUAAGCAAAGUGAUAAAAAUCUUACAAAUAUGCCAAGUGUGAGGCACGGGCCACUGUUUGCUGGGAGAAACUGGCAGUUCACUGGCAAGCCUCAAGGUGAACAAGCAGCAGCCUUAAGCUCCCAGAGCACUCAAGUCACUGAAGUGGCUGAGCUUCCUCACUAGAGCACUCUGUUCCUAUUAAAAAAGAAGGGCUGCUGAGUGAUAGGAACCAGAUGACAUGGGGCAAUCUGCAUACCCAUUUCAACCAUUCAGGUGCAUUUCUUUGAAUCUGAGACAAGUGUAAUUGUUGUAAUUCUAUUGGAAGAAAUCCUGAUAGUCAGGUUCAGUUCAGUGCUCUGAGAAAGCUGCCCUGAGCUAAUGCUGCACUUUCAAUUAGCAAGUAAAAUAGGAUGGAAGCUGAUGGAGAAAAAGGGAAAAAACCACCCAACACAUCUCCACUUCAAGCUAAGAUCCUACAGCAACCUGCAUUCAUUUUCAUACAGGAACUGAAAUAUAGCAGGAAUAACUGUGAGACACAGCCCACAACAGCAAUCUGAACACAGAAUACAAAGUCCCAUGAAAUAAAACAAAUGAAAAGGAUUUGUAGCAUACACAUCUGGUGUGAUGGGAGCAUCUUAAAAAAAUCAGUUAAAAUCAGCAAGAUUUUCACUUCUGAAAGUGGGUUGAACUUAAUUUGUGGGGAAAGCUAUGCAAAAUGGUAUCACAAGCCUGGGAAAAUCUCUCUGACCUGAACAGAAAUGGAAGCAGUUGAUAUGCAAAGCUGUUCUAGAGGAAUAUUAUUCCAAGUAUUUUAUUGUUCUUUUGAGUAAAUUCCAAAGUUUCUGAAAUACUUUAGUUGCACUUCAAAGUUUUUGUGUACAGGCAUGAUUUUUUUAAAAACAGAUUUUAAUGACACAGCAAUACUGGCAAACUCUGAUAUGGGCACUGCUCUAUCAGGGUAGGUUAUUAUAGCUGUAUCUGAUUUGAAGUCCUAAUGUGAAAAUAGUUGAACAAAAAACCUUCCAAUAUGCAUAAGGCCCACAUCCUUAGUUGCAUUCAUGAAUACUUAAAGCAUAGCUCAUUAUCUAUGGCUCUCCCAAAACCACAGAAAACGUAGUGCACCAGAAGAACCAGAGCAGACGUGCAUUCAUCAUGUCUGCAGUGGGCUCCUAGCAUCUGUCAGUGAUUAGCAAGAGUUGUGCAUGAACACUAGCUGCAGUUCUCCUGGAAGCUGUCUCAUAAAACAAAAAUUAAAACAAUCGUGGAAUUCUCAUGCACAUAACGUGAUUAACUGCAGGUUUAAAUAAGACUCACAACAUAAGUCCACAUUUUUAAAUAUGCCUUAAGCAACUAUCAGUUCACACUGAAGUACACCUACUUUUUACACUGCCAAAGAACAGUACAAUCAGAAGACAGGUUAAAAGUUAGCCAGUGACAUUUUUGUAUAAAAAUAAUAAAACUUUUAGACAGAAGCCAAAAGAUAAAUAUCUAAGAUAUCUUCAGUCUUCAAUUAGCUCAUUAAAACAGAACGUAUUCUUUAAAACUUAUGUUACAAAUAUGCUACAUGGUGUAUCUUACAGAAAUGCUACAGAUGGGAACCUACUGCCUCCAUCAUUUGAGAAUCUUUCAAAUGAACAUUGCCAAACACUGAACCUUCACAAUUAAGUUUAUUUCACAACAGUAACUGAAGACAGAAAAAAACUCUAACAAAUUAGAAAGUGCUUAGCAACUUCCCUCCAAACAAAACCAACCCAGACAUCAAUUAAUUCUCCAAAGCCUUUAGUGCCAUUUGGAUUAGGGCUCUCACCACAAAUUAGCAUGUAACAGCAAUGGGUUGUCCUAACUUGGAGUUUCGGCUGUUGAUAAAAAUUAAUAACAUCUGCUAUCAGAAAGCUCAAGGGGUUGUAAUUAAAAGAAUCGAUUCUGACAUUGAUCUCUGAAACAUAAUGGUAGAAGCUCUCUUAAAAGAAUGAAAAAAUAUCUAAUUAAAGGAAAACAAAGCAGAACUUUUUCUGCAAUCCUAAUGGACUCUUUAAGGUCAUCAGUUCAAUACUACACAUAUUAGUCUAACUGUCAAAACCUUCCUUUCAGCCAGUGUAAGUGCAUUUACCCCUUUUGAUCUAGGUCAGCAGUUCUCAAAUUUUAGAUCAGUUUUUCUUUUCAGGAAUACUUAGGGAAAUAUUUAGGCAGACCCUACACACUCAUGUAUUAUGCAUCAAUUUGCAUAAAAUAUAAAAUACAUCAUUUGCAGACACAUAGACAUAUUCCAAUAUAUACACAGUAACUCUAUCAGCACACACGCCCUUCCUUCCCUCUAGGAGAGCUUAGGGAGCUAGGCCUGUACAUAAGGGGAGUGGAGCUGCAAGAGGAAAGGAACACAGGGUGCAAAGUUUCUCUAAGAGCUUCUUUACACAGGUAACAGGGAAGCAAAGAUUGAGAAGGUGCUGCUGCCUCAGAGCCCAUCUCUGAGGGUGUCAGUAAGUGGGGAAACAUUUGUUCCACAUAAAACACAAGAGAGAGAAGAGAGACACUGAUCCCACUGCCUGUGUCUGCAGCAUUCAAGCAAAAAACUCCUGCCAGAAGCACAAACAGGGCCCUAGAGAUUUCUCCCAGUGCUGCCUAGAAAGGGCACACUCCUCCUGCUCACUUACAGCUCUAGGCUUCUUCCACUGCCAUGGCAGCUGCUCCUACACAGAUUUCCUCAUCAUGUUCCUUCCUCAGGCUACAGCAAGCCCAGCUCACACUAGUCAGUGGACAAAGAGGUGCUUGGAAGCUUCCAGUGAGGCAAUGGGAAUGCACUACAAGGAAAGACAAGUUAGAAGA